AUGGGAUUCUUUGAUAAGAUAUCAUCAGCAUUUAAAAGAGCAGAGGACAAAGUAUCACACGCAUUCAAAUCAGCAGGUAGUGCCAUUUCAUCUGGGUUUCAUAGUGUAGUAGAUGCAGGAAAGAGUAUAGUAGAUACUGGAAAAUCAGCAGUUACGACAGUGUACAAUGAUGCCAAAGGUGUAGUAAUUGGUGUAAAUGAUGACAUCAAACAAAUAAAUAGUACUGUUGGUAAUACAGCAAAUAAUGUAAUUAAUACGGCAGGUGGAGCAAUAGAAGGUGUAGAAAAGACAAUAGGAUCACUAUCAUUACCUCUUCUCAUUGGUGCAGGUGUACUUGGUCUCUACGUAAUAAUCAUGUCAGCAUCAAUUAUAGCUAAAGACAUAACAACCAAUGCAGUAGAUAGUGCACUAUGUGGUGCCUUCUAUUUAUUAGGUGAUAAAGUAAUUAAUAAGAAAGAAUUGGACGUAAGAAAAGGAUUAUUAAGUGCCGGAAGUAACUUUGCAGCAGAUUCAGUAACACAAUGGGUAUUACCUCACCUCCAAAGUGAUAAUUCGCAAUUCAUUCAAACAACAGAACAUACAUUACUCAAUCCAGUUAUAUCUGGUGGAUUGUUUUGUGUUGGAAAUAAAGUACUCAAGUAUGAAGAUGUAAACACUUAUUCAUUUCUUCAACAAGUAGGAUCGAGUAUUCUUGCAUCUUAUACUUCUCAACCUGUAAGAGAGAUGAUAAGAAAAAUACGAGAAAAGAACAGAAAGGAGGGUUGUACCGCUCAAUUGAACGCUGUAAUUUUGAUUAAUAUUCCACCUGUUUACUUUCAUGCUUGA